UCAACCUCGCUGCGUUCUCCGAGGCACUAUCCCCGACCUCGCAGCUUCUCCACACUCGCCGAGCGAUACCGCGCGCGCACGCGCCGCCCAUCUAUCGAGCACCUAGCGAACAGAGCAUGCAGCCGCCGUGCCUGGGCGCAUGCGGCGGUGGCGGGCUCGCCCUAUCCGUCCCGCGCCGCCGCGCCUCUUCCUCCUCCUGCGGCGUCGCGCCGCCUAGGGCCUCCGUCUCGUGCUCCGCUGGGGGCGGCAAAGCGUCGCCGAGGGGGAAGGAGAAUGUCUGGAGCGUCGACAACGACCGCGCCGCCAAGGAGGCGGGCCGGGGCCCGAAGCACCGCCGCAGGAGGCGCCCCGGCGGGCGACGUCUGCCGCCGCCGCCGCCGAGGAGGAAGGGGAAGGAUGUGGGGUCAAGGGUUUUGGUGUCUGGAGCCAUGCUCGUGGAGGUCGAGACCGUGCUCCAAACUCAGGAACCUGUUAUAAGGCCUUCUUGGGAUACAUUUGCAAGUAGCUUAAGUGGUAACUGGAAGGGUGUUGGAGCUGUCUUCUCUCCAAUCACAGCAGAGAUGGAGCCUGUUGGAGUUGGGAGCAAAGAAGAGUACCUUUAUGACUGCUACACUCUUUCUCACAUCGAGAGAUCUUUUGAUGGUGAUCAUGGCUCUGAAAUCCGAAGGAAAACGAAUUGGGUCCCUAUCAAUCCUUUUGGUGAAGCUGAGAAGCAGAUUGCAUCAUAUGACGGUGGGAGUUAUGACGCUUCCAGUGGGAAGGGAACAGCUGAUUUGCCUUCAUACGAGUCUUUUGAACUUAACAGGAGUGCUGUGCUUGAUGAAGAAACUUUUGCUAUGGAGCCUGGAAUCGUAUUUUUUGAGGAUGGAUCAUACUCUAGAGGUCCGGUUGAUAUAGCUAUCAGUGACUAUGAUGAAUCUAAAUACUUCCUUUCACCAACAUAUAAGUUUGAGCAAUGUCUUGUCAAAGGUUGCCACAAGAGAUUGCGGAUUGUGCAUACAAUUGAGUUCAACGAAGGGGGAGCUAACAUACAAAUUGUAAGGGUUGCUGUGUAUGAAGAAAAAUGGGCAAGCCCAGCAAGUAUUCAUGUUGAAGAUGAUACACUUGUUGACCUUAAACCAUUCUCUCAAAGAAGGCGGACCAAACCAUCAGAACUGACAGGCUCCUGGAAAGUAUACGAAGUCAGUGCAACACCAAUUUUCAGUGAUGAAAUGCAAGAACUGGAGGGAGGUGCGCCUUUCGUCUACUUGUGCAUGGAGACCGUGAAGAAGAGAACCCUGCCAGAGAGCUCAGUUUUCUUUGGGGAGGAGGAGAUGCUUGACAUGCAGGAUGUCACCGUGCUUUGGUUACCUGGUGGCGUCACUGCCUAUGUUGACAUCAGUGAGGAUGGUGUACUCUGUAUUGGGGUUGGGUGGUACUCAGAAGAAGGUAUCAAUCUGGUGAUGGAGAGAGACUAUGGAACUGAUGGGAGGCUCAGGGAGGUUCGGUCGAAAACCGAAGUGAAGCGCCGGUGGUAUCAGUCAGUUCCAUAUGAAAUUCAGAUUUCUGUGGAGAAGGGAGAGAGGAGAGAGAGAGAGACGGGGGAGGAGGGCGAGGUCGAGGAGGCGGAGAGCAGCGCGCGCGCGCGCUCGUUCGGCAUGGACCAGAAUGCCGGCUCCUUCCUCGCCGUGCGCCGCCUCUCCGGCGCCGGCAUCGUCCACCACCACCACUCCCACUCCUCGCCGGGUACGCGCGUGUUCCCGUCGUUUGAUUGCGGUGGUUUGUCUCGGUGCAGAGGCUCACACGGUGAUGGUUUCUUCCCGCUCCAUGUUCGUGCGCCCGCAGCGGAGGUCGUGGGCGUGUCCACGGCGUGGAUCGGGAGGGGGCUCUCGUGCGUCUGCGCGCAGAGAAGGGAUAGUGACGCGCGCCUCUCAUUCGAUCUGAGCCCCAUUCAGGAAGAGUGCUUGCAGAGAUUGCAGAACCGGAUAGAAGUGCAGUAUGAUAGUUCAAACCUAGAGCAUCAGAAAGCACUGAAGGCCCUUUGGCGUGCUUCUUUUCCUGGAACUGAACUUCUAGGAUUAGUAUCAGACCAGUGGAAGGAGAUGGGAUGGCAAGGGAAAGAUCCAUCUACAGAUUUCAGAGGUGGUGGUUAUAUAUCUUUGGAGAAUUUACUGUACUUCUCUAGGACCUAUCCAAAAUCCUUCCAGGAGCUCCUUUGUAAGAAGAAUGGUGAUAGAGCUUUGUGGGAAUAUCCCUUUGCUGUGGCUGGUGUAAAUAUUACAUUCAUGCUAAUUCAGAUGCUUGAUCUUCAAGCAGCUAAGCCAACAUCAUUGAUUGGAGCAGUGUUCCUAAAUCUACUUUUAGAAAAUGAUCGAGCCUUUGACAUUCUUUACUGUAUAACCUUUAAGCUGAUGGAUCAGAAAUGGCUCGACAUGCACGCCACUUACAUGGAUUUCAAUUCAGUUAUUAAAUCUACGCGGCGCCAGCUCGAGAGGGAGCUGUUGCUCGAAGACAUUCAGAGAAUCGAGGACAUGCCAUCAUUCAGGUUUCUCGCCCACUAGCAAUUGAACUCGGUCACACCUAACAUUUCCACAGAUAGUGCAGCCCCAUACACCUCAAGAAAUUGCAACGUUGGAACCACGUAUACCGAGCUCAGUGUGGGGGCGAUCUAGGAUCGUGGAUUGUCGAUUUGCUUUGUUGGACUGUGUUCUGGUUAGCUACUCUGACAACAGCCUCAACGCUGGGUGCCUCGCUUUUCUUUUGAACAGAUGUGCUGUUAUCUUCGUGCCAAAGAACGGCAGCUGUAAUUCUUUUUUUUGAACGAAUGGGUACGAGACAGUGCCUAUUUCAUUGAUAGAGUAGAGAAUUACAGUUGGCUAGCCGAAUAGGGUACACACUUUUACAUGAUUACUCUCUAGAUGAAAAAAUCGCUAAGGCCUUUGCCCCUGCUAGUAUCCAUGCUCUUGCUUC